CUACGCCUGCCACCCGGCACACCAAGCCCGUUCGCUGAUUCGCAUCUCCUCCGCUCGUCUCCCUUCCCAUAGAUCAUGGACUCUGGCAACGACAAGCCCUUUUCGCUCUCCAGCUUCCUCCCUCGGCCUCGGGCUGCCUCGCGGACCCAGCUGGCCGUCACCACCGCCCUCCCGGAGAGCGUGCCCGCCGAGCGUCCUCCACUCACCGAACGCACCACAUCCCUGGAUGUGGUCAGCUCCAUCACCAACGCCGGCUCCAUGUUUCCGAGCAUGGACCGCGGCCAGCGUCUGCUCUCGCCCAGAACCCGCCCCCUGCCCGACGACCUUCCGGGCAUGGGCCGGACCGUCGACUCGCCCUUGGACUCGGCCCAGUCCCGCCCUUACGACAUUCCCGUCGAUAUCCCUCCCGCUCUCCGCGCCCGGCCCCCUCCCCGAAAGACAUCGCAUAUCCCGCCUGGCCUCCCGACUCCGCUGAUGAUUCCGCUGCAUCCGUCGACACCCGUAUCCUCCUAUCCAUCGUCGUCGUCGGCAAAGUCGCCGUCGGCUGUCUCCGGCCCUCCGCCUGUAACACACUUCAUCCCGCCGCCUCCUCCCCCAGCCCCCCUUGCCCGACUCGUGAUCCCUCUCCCAGCCCCGGAGAGCGAUCGUCCCGAGCCCCUGUCGCCAACCCCGUCGCUCCUUCGCUCACGAUCCCAGCCCAACAUCAUUGCCGGCCGCUGGGACCCGCAGGCCAACCCCGACGUCUUCGCCAACUUCCCAUCGCAUCCCUCCUCCCCUGCCUCAAGCACCCCACCGCAGUCGCCCUGGAGUCCGAGAGACAUUCGGCACAUUACCCACUCCCACAGCGCCGGAACCCUCUCACCAAAACCCAUCCUCGUCGUCAACGUCGCAAAGGCCUCCUCGACCGCUUCGUCGGCCUCGGCGUCGUCGUCGUCAUCCUCUGCCCGAUCCCACGAGCCGUUGGUAUCCUCGCCGCAGGCCCAGAAAUCUGCCCCGGCCCAAAUCCGGCUCUUUGAGCGUCCGCGGCGAUACCGUCGCUCCUCGGAACUGCCCUAUCUUGUCUCGGGCAGCGGCAGCAGCAGCAGCCCCUUCCACACCGACCCGCGCUCCCAGGGCCUUGCCCCGAUCCAGGAACAGGUCCAAGUAUACACCUCCGAGGGCACCAUGCCCCUCCCCCAGCUUGCCUCCCGAUCUGCUCCGCCGUCUCCGACACCUUCGAGCGAUUCGUCAGCAUCCGAUAGUCCGCCGCAGCCGAUCGCACCCAACGCCAUCCCCGCGGAACAACUCCUGUCUCCCCGGCUCCAGUUCGAGCGGCCCCCGCGUCCGACAAACCGAGUGAACCGAACUCCUGUGAUCCCUGUCAAUGCCAUGAUCGCUAGUCCCCCAACCGUGCCGCUGCCGCCACUGCCGCCUGCCGAUGAACCCCCGAAUAUUCCUGUCGCUGCGAGCUCGUACGUGGACCAGCCUGUGGCCCAGUCUGUGGGCCAACCUGUUGCUCAGCCUGUGGGUCUGCGGGUGGGCCAGCCCGUCAACCGCCCCUCGCGCCCUGGGCAGUUCCGAGAUCCCUUCCGCCCCAAUACCGCGCCUCUGCCCAACAACCCUGCGACAUCAACGCCAGCCUCCCUGAGCCGCCCGAAACCCGGCGGCGGGCUUCCCGUUCCAAAGCAGCGUCCCGACUUCCCCGUCAAGGAUCCGAUCCAGCAAGUCCUCGGUGAGCUCAAGCAGACCAUCAAGAUCUACCACUCGACCCAGCACGCGGAAAUGACCAAGGUCUUGGUCGACUAUGACCAGUUUCUGAUGCGGUUCCUUCGUGCAAAACGCUUCAACAUCCAGGAGAGCCUGACGAUGGUGCUCUCCUACUGGAACUAUCGAACAAAGGUCCUCAAGAUUUCGCUGGAUCGUGUCUCUGACGCCGUCUGCGAGAUCCUCCGAAGCAAGUUCGUGACGCUGCCGCCCAUCCGGGACUCGGGCAAGCGCCAGGUCAUCCUGCUCCACACCCGGCGGCUCUCCAGCAAGUCGGACCAGGGCAAAUUCGACAGCAUGGACAUCAUGCGGGCUCUCUGGCUCGUGCUGGAGAUGGCCUCCGAAGACCGCCUCACGAUCAUGUAUGGCGUUACCAUCAUCAAUGACGCCACCGGUGCUGGAUGGGACAACUUGAGCCCGGGACUUCCCAAGCUACUGAUCAGCUCCCUCCAGAACCGCUUCCCCCUGCGGAUCGGACGAAUCUACGUGUUGUACCCGACCCAGAUCAUGAAGCUCUUCUGGACGACGAUCAAGUCCCUACUCAAGACCAAGCUGAUGUUCCGGGUCGUGCUGCUCGAAAACGAAAACGAUGCCUCGCAGGUUCUCAUCAACGACUUUGGCCUCGAGUGUCUGCCCGAGUUCAUGGGAGGCAAGGUUCCCUUUGACGAAGCCCAGUGGACCGAGGAGAUCCUGUUGACGGUGCUGCAGGCCGACAGCCAAACCAAGACAACGGUGCUCAACCGCCAGCUUUCCAACAACCGAAAGAAUGUCGUGAUCGCCCCCAAGCCGCGAGUCAACACUCAAAUCCAGGGGCUGUUGGACCAGCUGCCUCCCUCCUAGAACCAUAUCAUCUCGACCCAGAUCACAGCGGGGAAGAGAGCGAGGACACGAUCCUAGCCCUCAGACCCUGGCCCUCACGCCCUGGCCCUCACGCCCUGGCCCUCACGCCCUGGCCCAGACAAGAACAAUUCGACACAUGUACAAACAAAGCACCUCGACGGCAUUCAAUAUCUCCCGCCUGAUCACCACUCACGGCGCAUCGUACAUCGCAUGCCAUACUCUAUCCACCGUGUUUCUGCCUCCGCUCCCCUGCCCUUCUUCCAGAAUUCAUACGGCCAAGC